AUGGCAUCCAUUAAAACUCUUCUAUGCAUCGCAAUGGUUUCCUUUUUGGUAAUUCAAGUAGUGUUCUCCAGCGACCCCGACAUCCUAACCGACUACGUGUUACCAGAAAACACCACUGUAACAGACCCAAACUAUUUCACCUUCACCGGGUUGCGAUCAGUUUUCAACGCCACCUACCCGACAACUUUUACACCCGUCAAAGCUACCCUAAACGAAUUCCCCGGUCUCCUUGGCCAAAGUGUUUCCUAUGCGGUUCUUGAGUUCCCUGUGGGGUCCCUUAACCCACUUCACAUCCACCCUCGUGCCACCGAGCUUCUAUUUGUAGUCACGGGCUCACUACAAGUCGGGUUUGUGGACACCACCAACAAGCUUUUCACACAGAAACUUGAAACCGGUGACAUGUUUGUGUUUCCUAAAGGACUUGUUCAUUAUCAGACUAACUUCAACACUAGUGAACCAGCCUUGGCGGUUUCGGCUUUUGGGAGCGUGAGUGCAGGGACGCAGUCUAUUGCGAAUAGCGUCUUUAAUAGUACCAUUUAUGAAGGGAUUCUGGCUGAGUCGUUUAAUAUUAGCGCAGACGUUGUCGAAAGGAUCGAGUCUGGGCUCAAGGGCUAA